ACCUUUCUUUUGUCAUAGGUCACGCGUGAGUGGGGCGAAAUUUGAAUACGACAGAGCCACUGAAGGAAUAGACUUUGUGUUGGGGCGAAGUGACAGUGGGGCGAUAAUUUCUUUGGGCAUGGUUCUCGAACUUUCACGAAUUUGUCGACCGCGGCUUUUGAAAUGAUGAACCGCGGCGCGGAACUGAACAUUUCUUUAAUUUGUUUUUGAUAAUAUUAGAAUGGAGAGAAUACUGACAAGUCAGAAUUGGUACAUGAGAGAUGUGUUUCGAUGGCGUACCGGAGCCAGUCUCGCGUGGUCCCUUAUACUCCUACCAUUCACAGCUGCGCUGUUUGUUCUCUCAGUCAAGGCCAACAUUUUUCAUCCUUACCUGUGGUUUAGUGAUUGGCUGGUAACCACAUUUUCCUUCUCUGGUAUCAGCUACAUCUCAUUGAUUGCCCUUCUGACCUUGCUGGUAGCCAUCGGCAAUGUCCUCUGCUAUACAGUCAUCCCCAUCGUACACAUCAACCGCCUGUCCAUCAUCUGGGGCGUGGCCAAGCCCACCCACCUGCUUCACAUGAUGGGCCACACCCUGGCUGGUGGCACCGCGGCCUGGUGCUGGGCCUGUCUGAUCGGUGCUCCCUACGACACCCUCACGUCGCUGUCAAAUGAGGGCGCUGUGCAACAUCUCAACGAGAACCACUUGUUCCUGGUGUUACAUGGCGCUUACAUGGGCUUCUUGUAUUCAUUUUGGUAUGUACACACACAGGCACACUGCAUUGACUUCCCAGUUAUACAGCAACUGAAAUUCUUCCAAGUGAGGACCUACUUGCAGCGGAGCAUUCGCACCAACCUGAUCUACUCAGCCAGGGCCACGGGAUACUUCUACCUUCUCUAUUAUCUGUUUGGAUCAAUACCCAAGCACUGGCUGCAAGUUAACUUGGAUGUGCAGGAAUCCCCCACACCUCUCAACUCUAUCAGCGGUCUUCUGAACCUCACCCUCCUGUGGAAUGCUGUCCUGACGGGCCUAAUCACCAACCACCUUUGGGGCGUGUCCCUGCAUUUGUUCAAGGUCUUCAACACUGAGGUUUAUCAGUUCGCUAUCGAGGCCUCCUUCAGCAGUCCCAACGAGUGCACACUACACAAAGCAUUGACAGAGAAACGCCAUGUCUUAGUCAGGUACCUAGCCUAUCAGGACCUCAGCUCAUUGGCUGAGUGUGGGCGGGAGCGCAGGAAACUGGUCUUUGCACUCAGUCAGCCUGGUGGCCACCCUCACAACUGGACCAACAUCUCCACAGCCUGUCUGUCUCUGAUUGACACGCUAACGCAACGGUUAACAUCACACCAGGAGUGGAUUGCUAACGGCCUGGCUCGGCAGAAACGCAACCGAGACGAUGACGAUCCCAAGGACACUAGGUCCCAGACGACCAAUGGCAAAACAUCUGUUGUUGAAGACACCACCACAAUAUGGUACACCCCACGGGAGCCCCGCGGCCCUUACCUGCGCAGCUCGGUAGCCUCGCCCAUCACCCCUGUCCCCGGCAUGGACCCCAUGUUCAGUCCCAUCCAGGAAACCCCACAGGUUCUGACCAGGACCGGGGUGCAGGAGGUGGCCACCCCUGGGAAGGAGAGCACGCGAUACUACGCCACGCCAGGGAGUAGCAUGUACGGGAUGUUGACCAGACCGUCCAUCCACAAAGACCAGAGAAAGUCUCCAAAGUCCUCCAGAGAGUACCCUUGGCAGGGUUUGUUGUCAUGGCAGCACAGGCUUGACAUGUUUCAAAGAUGGCGGCUGGGCGCAUACUUGCUGACUGCCUUCCCUGAAGCAAUGAGCCGGGCUUUGUUCGCUGAUGUGCAGCUGCACAUCUGGGCCCUGGAAGCUCUAUCGUCUCUAGUUGCUACAUCCUACCGUGAAGACACCUAUGGAGUGGUGCAGGGCAGCCUACCAGACAUCCUAGUCAGUAUGCUGGCUCUACAGAGUGCCAUUGAGAAACACUUCAAGCUGCCCACGUCACUGCCCAAGAGAAGCCCCAGUGACUUCCGACCUGUACGUUCAGGCCCGAUACACCCCAACGACAGACUACGAUUUGACCUCAGGUCAACAGUCCUGACAUCACUUCACCGGAUUGUCGCCACCUUUGGCCCUCAUUUAAAGAGUGUCCAGAUGGCUCCAGAGUACAAGCAGAAACUAACCCAGUUGAUGGACUACAAGCAGUGAGGAUUAAAUACCCAAACUCCCUGGUGGAAGCUUCUCUCAAAGAUUAGCACUUGCCACCAAAAUAUUGCAAUAUUCCCAUCGGAGAUUAUGUGACCAACAAACUUGAUACAAGUUGCAUUAGAACACUGGAAUCACUAAAGUUAUAGAUGCAACAAAUACGUAAAAGGUCUGUAUGGACUCUGUUCAUGAACAGUAGGGGGCGCUUUGUGACCACGGUUGAGAGCCCCAGUGGGAGAAGUCUUGGUGCCAGACGUUUGCCAAACUCUCCCUUUGUAACCAAUGAGGGGGUACUUGCGCGAGGAGUCCAUACUGUAAUUUUCCCCAUUGGAGAUUGUGUCCUGUAAGCGUGGUCAAGGUGUCAUUGGGAUCAUGGAUCACCAAAAUGAAUAGAUGUAAAAAAAAACAUGUAAGGCCAAAAAAAAAA